CCCUGACUUGGACACGUUGUAGGAUCGGCAAACACUUUGUCGGCGGCGGCUUCUUUUCCACCGGAAUUGCACGGGUAAACAGCGGUCCGGUGUAGUAUUAAAUUUUGUAAUUUGUACAGUGUCCACCAUGGUCCGGUCGGUGUUUGUAAUUUUGCUGCUGGCCCUUGCGACGAGGGCCGACGAGGAAAUCAAGUCGGAGGACGGCGUGCUCGUGCUCAACAAAGACAACUUCAAGAAGGCGGUCGCCGACAACGAGUUCAUCCUCGUUGAAUUUUACGCCCCAUGGUGCGGUCACUGCAAAGCCUUAGCCCCUGAGUACGCCAAAGCCGCCGAAGCCCUCGAGUCCGACGGCUCGAACAUCAAGUUGGGCAAGGUCGACGCGACCGAGGAGCCUGAGCUGGCCGAAGAAUUCGGCGUUCGUGGCUACCCCACGCUCAAGUUCUUCAGAAACGGAAACCCCUCCGAGUACAGCGGAGGCCGUCAGUCUGCAGACAUUGUUGGCUGGCUGAAGAAGAAGACUGGACCUGCCGCCAAGGAAUUGUCCUCCGUCGCCGACGCAAAGGAGUUUGUUGAGGCCAACAAUGUUGCCGUCAUCGGCUUCUUCAAGGACCAGACAACUGAUGGUGCUAAGGCUUUCCUCGCCGCCGCCUCUGCCAUCGACGACCAUCCAUUCGGAAUCACCAGCGAUGAUUCUGUCUUCUCCGAGUACAAGGUUGAUGGAGAGAAGGUUGUCCUUUUCAAGAAGUUCGACGAUGGCCGUGCUGAUUUUGAGGGUGAGUUUGCCCCCGACGCGCUGACCAAGUUCAUUGCCUCCGAGGCCCUGCCCCUGGUUGUUGAAUUCAACCACGACACUGCUCAGAAGAUUUUCGGUGGAGAGAUUCGGUCGCACCUACUGCUUUUCUUCUCCAAAGAAGCUGGACACUUUGACAAGUACCUGGAAGCAACUCGCAACAUUGCCAAGAAGCACAAGGGAGUGGUCCUGUUUGUCACCAUUGAUUCCGACGACGAUAGCCACCAGAGGAUCCUCGAGUUCUUCGGCAUGAAGAAGGAGGAGGUGCCUGCCAUGAGACUGAUCAAGCUCGAGGAAGACAUGGCCAAGUACAAGCCAGAGUCCGGCGAGCUUUCUGAGGAAAUUAUUGGACAGUUUGUCCAGGACUUCAUUGAUGGAAAGCUCAAGCAACACCUCCUAUCUGAAGACGUCCCUGAAGACUGGGACAAGACCCCUGUCAAGUAUCUCGUUGCCAGCAACUUUGACACCGUUGUUUUCGACACGGAAAAGGAUGUCCUGGUAGAGUUCUAUGCUCCCUGGUGCGGACACUGCAAACAGCUUGCACCAAUCUACGAUCAGUUGGGUGAAAAGUUCAAGGAGAACGAGAAUGUUGUCAUUGCCAAGAUCGAUGCCACAGCCAAUGAACUUGAGCACACCAAGAUCUCCAGCUUCCCCACAAUCAAAUUGUACAAGAAGGGUGAUAACAAGGUGGUCGAUUACAAAGGAGCCAGAACUCUUGAGGCACUCAGUGAUUUCAUUGAAGGAAAAGAGGAAAAGGUUUCAGAGGACGAGGAUGAAAAUGAAGACGAUGAUGCUCCCAGAAAGGACGAAUUGUAAAUUAUAAAAUUGAUUGAUUCGAUCUAUACUUCGGGGGGCCUUACAGGACUAAUUUGAAAAAUUGAGGCUUUUCCGAAUGGUUGUUACUUGAUGCAUUAUAAUUAGGGCCUCUGUUUAUUUCUUUGAUUAAUUUUUGAAAAAAUGAUUAAAAAAUCAGUGCGUGUGUACGAUCAGGACACCUGAAG